CAAACAAUUUAUUUCUCGGUAUUAAGACUGAUUUUCAAAGAAACAUAACCAGGUGGUCGAAAUAGACUAAUAUCAACAUGGGCAAGAAAUUAAAGGUUGGAAAAGCAAGAAAAGAUAAAUUUUAUCGUUUAGCCAAGGAAACAGGCUAUCGAUCACGUGCUGCUUUUAAGCUUAUUCAACUAAACAGGAAAUAUGAAUUUUUGCAGCGUUCAAACAUUAUCCUGGACUUGUGUGCAGCACCUGGUGGAUGGCUACAGGUUGCUGCAGAGAAUGCACCUAUGUCAAAUAUUAUCAUCGGUGUUGAUCUUGUUCCUAUUGCACCAAUUAGAAAUGUAAUAACAUUACAAGAAGACAUAACUACAGAAAAAUGUAGACAGAUGUUAAGAAAGGAAUUAAAAACAGCAAAAGCAGACUGUGUUAUGAAUGAUGGCGCUCCAAAUUUAGGAACUAACUGGGUACUUGAUGCAUACCAGCAAGCUGAAUUGACUUUACAUGCUUUAAAGUUAGCCACAGAAUUUCUACGCAAAGGCGGCUGGUUUAUCACCAAACUGUUCCGGUCCAAAGAUUAUGAUGCAUUAUUGUGGGUGUUCCAGCAAAUGUUCAAGCAGGUGCAUGCUACUAAACCUCAAGCCUCAAGAAAUGAAUCAGCAGAGAUAUUCAUUGUUUGCCAAGGUUACACAGCCCCUGAUAAAAUCGAUCCAAAAUUCCUUGAUCCCAAGUUUGUGUUCCAAGAUGUUGAUAAAACUCCACGCCCUAGUAUAGAUCUUAUUCAUCCAGAAAAGAAACGAAGGCAGAGAGAAGGUUACCCUGAAGGAGACUACACACUUUUCCAUUCUUUGCCAGUAACAGAAUUUUUAGCAAGUGAUAACUACAUGGAGUUACUUGCCCAGUCUUCAGAAAUUGCCUUUGACUCGGAAGAAAUAAAAAAUCAUCCAUUCACAACACCAGAAAUAAAAGAGUGUCUUAAAGAUAUUAAAGUUUUGGGUAAAAAAGAUAUUAAAGCAAUAUUUUCCUGGAGAAAAAGAUUGUUAAAAGAAUUAGAGAAAAAAAAAGAAUCUGAAGCAUCUCAGAAAAGCUCAAAAAAAAUACAAGAAGAGGCUGAAACUGAUGAAUCUGAGGAAGAAGUUGAAAUGGAUGAUAAAGAAAUGGAAGAACUUGAAAAUAUUUUAGAGCAACAAAAUAAAGAAGAGCUAGCCACAAUGAAAAAAGCCAAAAAAAAAGUACGCAAGCAACAAAUGAAACAGAAAAUUCGGAUUGAUAUGAAGAUGACUAUCCCAGGGGAUCAGCCAGUGAUCCAGGAUGACAUCAGCAUGUUUGAUAUAACCAAAAUUAGAAAUCAUAAGCAACUGUUAGAGGUGGAAAAGGGUGAUCUGAGCCACAUGGAUAAAGGAGAUAUGUUUGAGGACUCUGAUGAUGACAGUGCAGUGAAGCUGCCAAAAAAAGAAUAUUAUGAUAAAUAUGGUGAGAAAAAAUACAGAGGCAUUGAGGGCGGUGAGAGUGAGGAGGAAGAAGAGGAGAUGGAAGAGGAGCCCAUGUUUAAUGAAGACCCAGAAAAAGAAGAUGAGAAUGGUGUUGAAGAGGAAAGUGAAGAUGGUCAGGAUGAAGAAGACGAGAAGAAAGCCAGCAGUAAAGAGAAUAAAAACCCACUCAUUGUAGAUAUGGGUGAAACAAAAAGGUUGUUGCAGCACAAACAGAAAGCCUGGUUCAACAAGGAAUUAUUUGCAAAUUUAGAUGAAGACGAAGAUGAUGAUUUUGAAUUUAAUGACCUUGUAGCCUCUGCUGACAAUAAAAAGCAGGAAAGGAAGUCUAAAAAGACAUCUAAAAAAGAUUUGAUGUCACAACAUGUAGAUGAAAGUGAUGAGGGUGAUGAUGAUGAUAGUGAUAGUGAAAACAGUGAUUAUGAAUUCAACUCCUUGCUGCAUACAAGUAAAAAACAACAAAAAAAGUCAUCAGAGCCCAAAGUGUCUAAGAUAGGAGACAUAGAGGUUGUACCAACAACUACCUUGAAUUCAAACCUAGAGUUGGAUGCUGAAGGUCUAGCCAUGGGUGCAGCAAUGGUUCAAUCACAUAAAAGAAAAAGGGAGAUAAUAGAUGCUGGUUACCAUAGAUAUGCCUUUGAUGACACUGAUUUGCCUGACUGGUUUGUUCAGGAUGAAAGAAAACAUUUGAAACGAUUACGACCAGUAUCUAAGGAGGAGAUGGAAGAGUAUAAACUGAAAAUGAAAGCUAUUGAUGCCCAACCAAUUAAAAAAAUAGCAGAAGCCAAGGCUAGAAAGAAACGAAAGAUGCUGAAGCGCCAGGAAAAUGCCAGAAAAAAAGCAAAUGCUGUAACAGAUAGUAUUGAUGUCUCCGAAAAAGAAAAAUGGCAACAGAUAAAACAAAUCUAUAAAAAGGCAGGCCUCUUGAAAAAAUCCAAGCCAAGUUUAACUUAUGUGGUAGCCAAGAAAGGUGCUGGCAAAAAAGUCAGACGUCCAGCUGGUGUUAAGGGACUGUUUAAAGUUGUUGAUGGUAGGAUGAAAAAAGAUUUAAAAGCAAAAUUGAAAAAGGAAUCUAAAGGCAAGAAGGGAAGCAAAGGUGCUAAGCGUGGAAGAGUAAGAAAAUAGUAUUUAAAUAAAUCAACAAAUAUAC